UGUACUGCAUCAUAAGUCUGGUUAAGAAUCAUACCUUCCAUUCAAAAUAUAAGUUUCUUUCCUCCAAAAACUUCCUCACUGAAAUAGCUUUGCUGCCGCGAUACCGACGUCAUGUCUUCUGGCAACGAUAACAACAACAACCACUUAACUAGUCGGUCGCGUUAUGAAGUUCUCGCACCCCUGGCGAACCUCCUUGGAGGCGUCGGCGAUACCCUAGGAAAGACCGUGGGCGGACUCGGAGACACCGUCGGAAGCACUGUAGGAGGACUCGGAGACACUGUGGGAAACACUGUGGGAGGACUCGGUCAGACUGCCGGCGGUGCGACUCAGGGUCUCGGAAAGACUGUUGGCGGUGCCACUGAAGGCCUGGGCAACACAACCCGGGGCGUCGGACAGUCGACUGGAGACAUCCUUAGCAGCAUCAAUGGCGAGAGGUCCGGUGCGAAUACUGAGCGGAAGUAAGGAUGACGGCGAGGUCCGGUUGAAUAUGACAUGACUUGAUGAAUCUGCUAUGUAAUGGGCUU